AUGCCUCUCGAAAACCGACCGCGACUUCCCCGCAUACCCCUUAGCAAGCGAAAUCGGGCUGUCGUGCGGGCUCUUAACCCAAUGCUGGUGACCUAUUUGGAAGCCAGCCGGGACCUUUGCGAGACGGACUCAAUUCUUUUUGGCGCCGCACUGGCAGUAUGCCGUAUUAUUGGCGCCAAACUUCCCAUGGCUGGACGUGCUACUCAACAAGGUAGCGCCAUCCCAGCCUGGAGAAAAAGAAUCGAGGACCGUAUCGCAAAGGCAAGGGCCCUUAUCGGCAGACUGACAAGCUUCAGGUCGGGUAAUAAUAGACCGAGAGUUGUGCGCACCGUUAGAAUGGCGUUUGCUGGGACAAAUAUUAGUUUGUCCCAGCCGGAUAUCACGCAGAAACUAACGGAGCGCAUAGAUGACCUGAAGCAAAAAAUCGCUGCUUGGGGGAAGCGGAUUCGACGAUUUAGCGAGAGGUCAAGGCGGUUCAACCAGAAUCGUCUCUUCCAGAGUGAUCAGAAGAGGCUCUAUAAAUCAUUGGAGCGACCAGAGGUAUGUGGAGCGGGCCCAGGACCGGAUCAGGCUGACACUGUCGCAUUUUGGCGUGGCCUGUGGUCAGAGCCCGUAAACCACAGCGAGGGCCCUUGGAUGGAAGUUGUGGCGAGCCAGAGUGCAAGUGUUACGCCUAUGGACCCCGUCACCAUAACGCCUGAAGACGUGGCUGAGGCGGUCCGUAGGGCCCCGAACUGGAAAAGUCCGGGGCUCGACGGGCUGCAUCAUUACUGGCUGAAGGGGUUCGUAGUGUGUCACGCUGUGCUCGCCCGACAGUUUCAAGAGGCUCUCGAUCAGAAGUCGCUCCCGAGCCUCUUCACUACUGGGAUCACUCACUUGGUUCCUAAAGAUCAGGAUACCACAGACCCGAGCAAAUACCGCCCCAUCACGUGCAAAGGAGUAAUUGACAAAGAAUUCCAAGACACAGCCGACGUAAUAUUAUUCUUCGACAACCUGUUCGACUUUUGGCUAAAUGGCUGA